AGCUCCACUCUGUGUUUACCUGCUGACGGUUGCAUGUUCUUUAUGUGCAGUAGUAUUUACUGUCACAGAUAAAACGAGAUACCAUGGAUGUUGUGGUAGGGGGUGUAGCAGUGCCUCAAGAUGAAUGCACGUACAAAUUAUAAAUUACGUAUUGAUGGGGAAAAUAUCGUCUGAGAUGUAAUCACUUCUUGUUUGACAGUGCAAUGAGUGUUUUUGGGGACUUCAGAAAUGUCUGGGUACAGAGAUUUCCAGGCAGUGAUUUACCUGCAGCCUGGGAAGAGGAUGUCAGAGCCAAUCUCGCGAAACAUAGACAGAAAGUGGCGGAAUUGAAAGAAGAACUUGAAAAAGAGGAAUUUUAUGUAGAGUAUUUAGAAAGAUUGCUUUUAGAUGUAGCUGAGCAUAGAUCAUGUACCAAAGGUGAGAGUGAUAAUCCUAGCCAAGAAACAGAUAAUGAAGAUAAUGGUAAAACUGACAUUUCAUUGAAAGCUACAGAAGAGGAUUUAAAUACAAGUGGCAAUAAUGUGAGUGAUGAAAAUAAGCCUGUUUCCAAAGGUGAAUCAAAAGCUGUGAAUAGAGAUUCUGUGCAUCAGUGUAUAAGUGAACUGUCUUUACUUGCUGCUGAUUCACGCAUUGUUCGAUCAAUCAGUGAUGUUCCUGAGAAAAGUACUGCUGUGAAUAAGGCACUGGAGAAUAGAAGAGCCCGAUGUAACACACAUCCAAACAUAUCCAACUAUGUGACAGUUAUAGAAGUUAAUGGAACAGCAAAAACUGAUGGACAGAAGAAUGUUGGAGAAAAUAAGCCUGAAGCUGUAAAAAAGAUUCCACCUCGCCCUCCACCUAAAAAACCCAGUAAAUUAAAGUCUGCUAGUAGUUUUAGUUCAGCAGAUCUGGAAUAUGGUAGUAGUUUAUCACUAGACAAAGUAGAUGAAAAAUCAAUUCAGGCCAAAAGUCUUUCAGGAGAGAAAGCACUACAAAACAAUGAGAAAAAGCAUGAGGAUGAUCCAAAUGGCAACUCUAGAAAGGAUGAUGCUGAGAAUUUGCCUGAAGAGAAAAAGAUUCAAAAGGAAAGCAGUUCUUCAGCCAAUGAGUCAAUUCCUUCAUCAGUAGAUCCUAAAGGAAAUGUUGAGAAACCAAAUGUCAGUGAAGCAGUUGAAGAAGAAGAACCGUAUUACGACUCGGUUGCUUUGGAUGGAGAAUAUGUUUAUCUGCAAACAGGUGGUACAGCAAGUAGUACUAUGACUAGCGGAACAAGCUCAGGGUUGACUGAUACUGAUACUGAAUUAGGUUUAAUGACGCUCCCCAGUAGUAGUCCACUGUCACAAUCUCAGUUUGAAUUGCAAGGUCCUGUAGUUGUUCCUAGUUCUCCAGACAAACAAUCAAAUUAUGUCAAUAUUGACUACUUUCUCAAACAUCAGCAUACUUCAGGAGAAACUCGAAGUAGUUCAGUUGAAUCAGAAGAUGAAGAAGUGCCUCCUCUUCUCCGAACAAUUUCCAUGGAAACAGACCCAACUGAUGAUGUUGCAAGCACCUUUUCUGAAGCAACAUACGCCAGUAAUUCCUCUUUGGAUUCUGCGUCUCAUUUAUCUGGAAGGAAAAGUAGUUUGGGACAGGAAGCAAACAAGGCAGAGGCAGAGAGAAUCACUAUGUAUCGCUGUAUUAUUGCCAGUAUAAUAGAAAGUGAAACCAUCUAUUUGGAAUGCUUAAAUGUUAUGUUACAGUAUAUGAAAGCUCUGAAAGCUACCUUGGCCACUUCACAACCUGUUAUAACAGAAGAAGAAUUCAACACAAUAUUUUACAAGGUUCCUGAUCUUCAUAUGUUGCAUAGCAAAUUUUUGGAAGGUUUGAAGAAACGUACUCAGAAUUGGGAUGGUAGGCUUACAAUAGGUGAUCAUUUUAGAAUAAUGGCAAGCAACAUUAACAUUUAUGGUGCAUUUUUGCAUAAUUAUGUCAGAGCCACAGAAACGGUGAAGAAAUGUGGUAGCAAUAAUCAACAAUUUGCAGAAAUUACCAGAGACAUUAGGUUAAAAUCAUUGGCUGGACAAAGUUUGUCCUUGGAAGAUUUAUUACAUAAGCCAGUUGCUCGAGUACAAAAGAAUGCUCUGGUUUUACAUGAUCUUCUAAAGUACACUCCUGAGUCUCAUCCAGACCAUAAAACGUUAAACGAUGCACUAAAAAUGACCCAGAAUUUUUUGGACGAAUUUAAUAUGAUACAUACAAAAACAAUGUUUCCUUCUGCAGAUCGAGCCCAGCGCCGCCUUGUUAAAAAUUCUUUCAUUGUUGAAUUGUCAGAUGGCCAUAGGAAGUUACGGCACUUAUUUCUCUUCAAUGAUGUAAUAGCAUGUGCUAAAUACAAGGCUUCUGGUCGUGAUAAAUUCACAUUUGAAUUGAAAUGGUACAUUCCCUUGAAAGAUAUUGUCAUAUUUGAAGAGCCAGUUACUGAGCCAAGAGAAACUUGCCCUGCCAAUAUUGUGUCUCUGAAGUCACAAGCCUGUACAGUUCGUGAUCAGAUUCUGUGGGAUGAGAGAAAUGAUGACAAGAGAACACGUCUUAGUAGCCGUUCAGAGAAGCAGAGGAAGAAAUUAGCUGAUUUAGAAGCUCAGUUGGUAUUAGCCUCUCCUAACUUAGUUUUUCGAGUGGGCAAUAGAAGUGCAAGAACAUAUAUAUUCUUCCUUUCAUCAGAAUUUGAGAGGACCCAGUGGAUUGAUGCAAUACAUGCACUGCAGUCUUGUGAACUCCCAAGUCCAAACGUCUCUGUGAGCAUGUAUGAAUUACAGGCAUGGAUUACAGCAUGUCGAAAUUUCUUGAAAACCAAUAUGGGUUCGUAUUUAUUGCGCUCAGGUCGGGAUGAGAGCCUACUUGUAGGCGAUUUGCAUAUUACUCUGAAAGACCUUCAAGGUCUGGAACAACCUGCAGAUCUCUUUGUGUGCGUAGAAGUUGAUUCUUAUGGGCAUUAUUUUCGUAAGGCCAAAACUAAAUUGGUGUGCAAUUCUUCCACUCCUCACUGGAAUGAAGAUUUCAUAAUUGAACUGGAAGGGUCUCAGAAUUUGAGAAUUUUACUUUAUGAAGAAAGUCAAGAUAGAGCUAUUCUGAGAGGAAAAAGUACUCAAAUGCUAAGUCGAAGUUGGCUCUGUGAUCAGAGAGUAGAUAAAUCUAUUCAACUUCAGAAUGGAUCGUUGCAAAUAUCGUUAAAAUUUGUACCCAGUGAAGUCACACUGAGAAGAGUUCCUACGGCCAAAUCAUCUGGUUUGUUUGGAGCAAAAAUUCAACAAGUUUGCAAACGGCAAAAGCGAACUGUACCUUUCAUUAUGACAUCUUGCAUACGUGAAGUGGAGCGCCGAGGUAUGAAUGAAGUUGGAAUUUACCGUGUAUCAGGAUCAGCUACUGAUGUUAACAAGCUCAAGAAGUCGUUUGAAACAAAUUCUUAUGAAGCAGAACAAUUGCUAAAAGAAGUGGACAUACACUCUGUUACGGGUAUUUUGAAAUUAUAUCUCCGAGAACUUCCGGAGGCAUUAUUUACUGAUGAACUGUACCCAAAGUUCUUGGAAGCUUUCAAUUCUGGAUCAAGUGGAGAUGGAGGAAAACAACGAGCUCUGCAGUCAUGUUUUGUAGCUUUGCCUCAACAAAAUCAAGAUAUAAUAAAUUUUCUUUUGGAUCAUCUUAUCAAAGUAAAUCAUCAUGAGAGCCAUAAUAAAAUGUCUUUACAUAACCUGGCCACAGUAUUUGGACCGACGUUAUUGCGUCCUGGGUCUGGUAAAUCAGAGUCUUCCAAACAACGAGAUCUUUUAGCAGCUAGUACUGUUGAUGUAAUGGCACAAGCAGGAAUAUUGUAUUAUUUCUUACAAGGAAGAAUGAAUGCCCAGAAUUGAAUUGUUACAUUAUCCCCAAGCCAUAGUUUUAAAGUUAUUGCUGCUAUCUCUUAUUUAUGUAAGUGUACACAUAUUCCAUUUUAAUUGUAAUUCUAUAUACAUUUUUGAUAUGAUUUUUUUUAUUAAUUCAAGUGGUCCAUGUAUAACUUCAUUCAAAUGUACUUCAGUGCAUACGUGAUAUAAGUAGUUGCAAUGUUUUUUACUAUGAUAAUAGGUGCAGGUGUAGCUGUUAUUUUUAAAUGUUAUAUACUUUAUUUAUCUAGUCAUAUAACAGUAAUGCCACAUUCUUUUUGUAGCUGCUUGUACAACGGCAGUGAUUUUAGACAUAGGAAAUUAAUUCUGUAUUUAUCCCUUCAAUUCUGUAGUUUGGGCAAAUGCCAUUAACAUUGUAAUAUUAGCUGCAAAUUGCUCAUACUUCUGUCAGCUUCGAUAAAUUUAUAAUGAAUGGGCCCUGUUCACAGGAUUGAAGUUAUUACAAAAAUAUUUACUGUUUUUUGUUUAGAUAUGAAGAUUGAAAAUGUAUAUCAUUAUGAACAGGAAGAUGACAUUCCUGGUUUAGCUUACGUUGUUUUAUACUCAUGCUUUACCAUGUGUUUUUAUGCUUACUCUGUAAUAUACAUAUUACAGAAAGUAAUGUUAUUGUAAAUAUGAUACAAGAUUCUUAUAUGUAUACAUUAUGCUAUGAGCAGCUGACAGAGACAACUGUAUUUAUUUUUUGUUUUUCUAUUUUUCUUUUUUAUAUGUAUAUUAAUGAUAGUGAAAAUUCCAAUUAGUGUAUUAUAACAGGGCAGCCAUGCGUCUUUGAACUGUGUGUGAAGAAACUGUGACUUUGGUUAGAAAUGACUUUUUAUAUAAAUUUUACAUAAUCUUAACAUUGUAGCAGUGUACUGAUGAGCGUGAAUUUUGCUAGUGAAGAAAAGACCUUUCAUCGACUCUUUGACUUCCAAAAAGAGCAAAUUUAAAGUUUGGUUGUGCUUUUAUGCUCAUACGUCAUGUGCUGAUGAAUUUUGUGUUGCAUUCAGACAUGUGUAGCUCAAGGGACCAAAUAUUUCAGAUCAAGUGUUCCACAAACAGAAUGUACAAUGAGUUUUUAGGAUAGUUUUAUACAUGUGAAAAUUUAUUUUAAGAAUCAGGAAGCUGUUUUCAUCCAGACAGUGUUUGUGAUUUGGUUACUUCGUAGCAUUUAUAUUCAUUUUCAUGCAGCAAGUAUUUUAUUAAAAAUAUGUAUAGGGACUGCUGACAUCUCGUAUUACUUUUUGUAAUAUGCAGUACAAUAAACACACUUUUAAAUACUUGCAUAAGAAACGUUUUUUGAAUUCUGAUUGUGUUGUAUGUGAAAAUUUAGAAUCAUAGAAAUUUCUUCAUUUACCGAGACUUGUAGCAAUUUGUUAUAUUGUUUAUUUCCACAUUACUUUUGUUCUGUUUUUCCUAAUUUACAAACCUUUUGCAUUUUUGAUAUGUAUUUCAAUCAUUAGCUUCAAUGUUUUGCUUAGGCUCUUCGAAUUUUUACUCAAAAACAUUAAGGCCUUAAAUGUGGAUGAAAUGGCAUUUGGUCCCCUUUAAAACAAACGAUCUUCCCUCACAACAACAGAAAUGAGGUCAUUAAAGAAAAUGUGGAUUUUCUUCUCUGAUCACAGAUAGAAUGUAUUAUGUCAUUAAAUUAAUGUCUAUUUACAAAAAGAUCAUCCUUCCUAUUUGGCCAGGCAAAAAUUAUAUUUUUCAACAUUAAAUCUUGAUUUUUUCAUCAGUGUCUGUAUUAUUGAGCGUUACUGAUGAAUUUCACUGAAAAUGAGUUUGUAUGUUAGGUAUUUUUUCCCAUAGAAUAACAUUAUGUUAUUGAUUCAUUAAUUGAGCAGUAGAAGUGUAGAUUUCAUAAAUUUCAGUAUUUUUUUCAAAGGAAUCUUGUUAUGUUAUUUUGUGAUAAUGUGCCCUGUGUUUUGUGAAUAAUAACUGGUUUUAAAUGUAAAUGAAUGAUAGGUGAGGCCUUUGAUUUACAUGUGUCACAAAGAGGUAAAAAAACUUCAGGAAUAGAUUCCUAAUAAUAUGAAUCUGAUUUAUAUCUCAAUGUAUUAAAUACAGUUGGAAAAACAGGUCAAUGCGGAUUUGGAAAAAUUUUUGUUUCUUUGCUAUCGUACUUGCAAGUAUGAAUGUGGUGUAUUUAAAUGCUUUCAAGAACAUUAAGCCAGAAUUAAUAUUUUCAGUUGUCUGUAUUUCCUUAAAUGAUUGUUCAAAUUAUCUACUAUAUCUUCUGCAUUUAUAUGUUGUGCCUCAUUACUUAUCAAUGUUAGAAACUCCUUUCAAAAUCCACAAUUUCAAUGGAAUAUUAAUUUCAUGUCAAUUGUUAAGGGAAGUUUCCAAGACAAAGUUCUUUUAAUUUGUUUUGUAGAAUAUUGUGAAUUUAGGUUGUUGGUGGGCAUUUUGAAUGGUUCAUUCAAGGAAAUAUUAAAAGGAUAUACCAUGUUAAUUCCAGACAAUUUAUGACUUGGAGUGCCAAUAAAGAUAUGACCAUGAUACUUGAAAGUAACCACAAUUUAGAUCCUGGGCACUUUCUCUCUCUUUUGAAACUUGGGGAAUCUAUUUCUCAAAUUUUGAGAAUUUUGAAAUAUGACACUUGGUAUAAUGCUAAUUUUUUAAUAUGCCAGCAAAAUAAAAUUACAAACGUGUCUUUAUAUUUUCAUUGUACUUAUUUAUUCUAUUUUUUCAACCAAAAAAGAAUCUCAAAGCAGCUCUUUUUUUACACAAAUUUAGAAAACUUCAUUAAUCUUCAUUUUUACUUCAAUGAUCACAUGAAAUUUGAGCACAAUAAUGUGAUUUGGAGUAUUACGUUUAUUUAAACAAUAUUGAAAAUCUUUGAGUACAAUUUUUAUCAUUAGUCUAUAAGUUAAAAUACAGUGGUCAUGAAUAAAAUGAGUUCUGCUUUUUGAUGGAAGUAAAAUUUUGUUAUGUUUGUUCUCUUGCAGAAUAUUGCUCAUAAAUAGGUGGCUGCUUUUGAUAUCCCAAAACAUCGCCAAACAUGAUCAGUAAAAUGCCCUUUAAAUGUUUUUAAAAUGCCCUAAAAGCAAAGAAACAUGACAUUAAAAAAAC